CCUCUUUAGUAGUUCGCUCAUCCACAACCUGAAAGGCAGUUCACCUUUUAAGACUUCAGAUGUAAAGAGAAGACGCAGCGUGUUUGUGUUUAAGUUAUUUUUUAACACGUUUUCAGACGUGUUCUGGUAACGCGUUUUCUUUAGAAGUGUUUUUAUAUUUGGCACGAGUUUUUGGAUCUGUUUGUUUGCCUGGUCGCUUCAGACGGAUUCGUGAUCUCCAUCCUCAGUCGGUUUGAUCUAAUCAAAUGACAGACAGCAGAUUGACGGACCGCGACGGAAAACAGACGCGGAUCCCUAACCGUCUGAUCUCCGAUGGAGUUGUUUGUGCGUUUCUAAACGGAACUGGAAAAACAACCAGAGACCGAUGAACAGUGACAUGAUUGAUUCGUUCGUGUCCCGUUAUAUUCGAGCUCUUCUUUGAGAGGAGUUACUGAAGCAAAUGCGUUUAUUUUUGUCCGGUCAUGUGUUCACUAAAAGCUCUUCAGGACUGGUGUCGAGAUGUUUGUGAAGGUUACUCCCAUGUUCAGAUCAGAGACAUGAGCUCUUCAUUCACAGAUGGACUGGCUUUCUGUGCGAUCAUCCACAAACACAGACCCGAUCUACUAGAUUUUCACUCCCUGUCCAAACAGAACGUCUAUGAGAACAUGCGUCUGGCGUUUGACGUUGCGGAGCGUGAGCUGGGAAUUCCUGCUCUUUUAGAUCCAGAUGAACUGGUGUCUGUGAAGGAGCCGGAUCUUCUGUCCAUCAUCACUUACAUCUCUCAGCUCUACAGUCUCUUUAGAGGAAACUCCCACGUGAGUCAGAAGAUUCCUGUGAACAAUGAAUCCAGCAACUCCAAAACACGAGAACAGACACACACUAAGUUCUCAUCAGAUGUGGUCAGAUCGUCAAAUAAGCGAGUCUGUAACGUCUGUCACACAUGUGUUCAUCUCAUUCAGAGGGUUUUAGUAAAGGGGCGACUUUAUCACCGCUCAUGCUUCAGGUGCAGUCGCUGUCGUCGCUCUCUGCUGCCGAUCUCUUUCACAGUGGACAGUGAGGUGGGUUUACUGCAGUGCAGUUAUCCCUGCAGACCAGCUCCUAAACACAACCAGUCCACAAAUCAACACUCACAGAGCAACACCAGUGAGACGGACGGAGACAGGAGUGAGACAAACAGAGACAGGAGUGAGACGUACGGAGACAGAAGCGAGACUGACGGAGACAUGAGCGAGACAGACACAAACAGGAGAGAGAUGCACGGAGACAGGAGUGAGAUGGACAGAGACAAGAGCGAGACAGUUGGAGACAGGAGUGAGACGUACCAAGACGGGAGUGAGAUGGACAGAAACAAUAGUGAGACUUGCGGGGGAAAGAGUGAGAUGUACGGAGACAUGAGUGAGGCAUACAGAGACAGGAGUGAGAUGGGCAGAAACAAGAGUGAGACUUGCGGAGACAAGAGUGAGACUUACGGAGACAAACUUAAUGAAGGACAUCUUUCCUUCUCAUCAGAGACUGACAUACAAGAACCUCCCAAACCUGCUCCCAGAAAGAGGGCAGGGCCUCAGGAACCUCCUCGCCCCUCCCCCAGAUCACCGGAUCAUCGUCCUGACAACGGUUAGAAUCUUAAUCUCUUUGUUACUGUAAGAGCCAUUUUAGGGUUUUCUUUGGAUUGUGUGCAUGUGUGUCCAGUAGGGGUCACU